AUGUUGGAAAAUUUUCUGCGGGAGUACAAUCUCAAUCGGAUAUUUUUGUCGAACAUAGGUUUUUGGCCGUUUCAAAACAAACGUGUGAGAAUUUUGUUGCAAACUCUCUGCUUCCUGCUCGAAAUGAGUUACUGUCCGUUCGAGAUAUUGUUGUUGUGCGAUCACUGGGACGACGGACAAAUGAUAUUCGAGGGUUGCUAUCAAAUCGUCCUGUCCGCCUCUUUUCUCGUUAGGCUGAUAAACGAAGUUUGGAAUCGCAACGAGGCGUGCGAUGAUCAGAUGAUACACUUGUAUCAAACCAUCGACGAUCACUGGAACAUAUUUACAAACGACAUAGAGGUUCGAGUGCUGAAAGACUAUUCCAUCCUGUCUAAAAAGUUUACAAGAUACUACUCGCUGCUGAUGUACUGUUUGAUGUCGGGAUUUAUCGUGAUACCGCUCACGCCUGUGUUCCUGGACGUUGUUCUACCUCUUUACAACGCGACGCGUCCCCGAUUUCUCGCUUUCGAAGUCGAAUUUAGAAUCGACACCGACGAGUAUUUUUUAUUCUGUUUCGGUUACACCACCGCGAUCGCUAUUGUGGGUAUAAGCAUCAUGGUGAGCGUCGACGCGAUGCGAAUCGCCUGUACCGCACACGCGUGCAGCCUGUUCAUGGCCGUCAGUCAACGAUUAGAGAGUAUAAUCGUGGAAGCGAACGGCGACGAGAAGAAACUCGAUGGCUACGAACAUCGCAAGUUAACGAGCAAGGAAUCCGAACUUAGAGAGGAGACAAUGUAUCGGGAUUACAUCGGAUGUUUGAAGAAACAUCAGCUCGCCAUAGAGUUUGUUAAUAUAAUGGAAUCGUCUUACAAAGGACUGUCUCUGUCCCUGUUGUUGCUGAGCAUCGCAACUUUGAGUCUCAUUGGGAUUCGAAUUAUCUACGUGUUGGAUCAACUGGGAGAAGCGAUAAGAUUCGCUUUUAUAAUCGUCGGAGCGCUGAUGACCGUCUUGAUUCCUUGUUACUCCGGUCAAAAAUUAAUUGACGAAAGUCAGAACGUAUUUUACCGAGCAUACGCGGUCGACUGGUACAAUUUCUCGCCUAGACUAAAAUCUCUGUUGAUGAUAACACUUUCUAGAAGCAACAUACCUUGCGAUCUAAAGGCCGGUAACAUGAUUUCGUUAUCAAUAGCGACUUACGCGGCGGUGAGUGUGUGUGUGUGUGUGUGAGAAAACAAUUGUACAAUUUAUUUGCGUUUAAUUCCGUAAUUUUCAUCAAAUAACUAAUGUUUGCAUUUUGAUUCAAGGUGUUAC